GGGCGGGCAGGCCGGUAAACAUGGCGGCGGUGGGGAGAAGCGGAGACGGCUGGCAGAACGUGUUGUGUGAACACCCGCUCUUCCAGCAGCUGAGGAAACAGGCGGGCAGCACGAGUAUCGCCCAGCUGAAGAACCUGGUGUGCUGUGUGGACGGGGACCUGCUGGCCUGGAACCAGGAGGACUGUGCCCUCCACACCGUCAGACUCCGCAGCCUUAACGGGGGCAGCUCGAGCUGUGAGCAGAAGCUGCUGUGUAUCAACGCCCCACUCUUUGAUGUUACCGAAGUCCAGCUCAACCCGACUCAACAACACAUUGCGUUGAUUGGAAGCAAAGGUUUGAUGGUCCUGGAUGUGCCUAAACGCUGGGGCAAAAACUCUGAAUUUGAAGGGGGUGAAAAAACUGUGAAUUGCAGAACUAUCCCCAUUGCGGAGAGGAUUUUCACGAGCUCCACCUCCCUGGUUCUGAAGCAGGCAGCAUGGUACCCGAGUGAGAGUCAAGAACCUCGUCUCGUUUUACUGACCUCUGAUAAUACAAUAAGAAUAUACAAACUGCACGAUCAUUUGUCUGCAGAAAAAGUAAUUCCACUUUCCAAUGCAGACGAGGAGACGUCGCUUCCCCAGAACAGGAGCUCAUACAAAGCCUCUCUCGGCGAGAUCGCGGUGGCGUUCAAUUUUGGCCCAUUAGCUGCCGUAUCAAGGGGUGUCGGUCUGCACGGUAAAGAGAACACUGCAUAUCCCCUCUAUGUACUUUACGAGAAUGGAGAGACCUUUCUUAUAUACAUUGAUUUACAGGGCAGCAGCAGCAACGUUGGCAGGCUGCUCGGCCCUCUCCCUAUGCACCCUGCGGCUGAGGAUAACUACGGAUACGAUGCCUGCUCGGUGCUUUGCUUGCCCUGUGUCCCAAACAUUCUUGUGAUUGCGACUGAAUCUGGACUCCUAUAUCACUGUGUGGUGUUGGAAGGAGAAGAUGAUGAUGAACAGAGUUCUGACAAGUCUUGGAUCCCCAGCUCUGACCCGAUCCCGUCCCUAUAUGUGUUUGAAUGUGUUGAGCUUGAACUAGCUCUGAAACUUACAGAGGAGGAUGAAGAAUCCAUUGAGACCGACUUCUCGUGUCCCAUUAAGCUACACAGAGACCCAGUGUGUCCAUCGCGAUAUCAUUGUACUCACGUGGCUGGCAUUCACAGUGUGGGCCUGACUUGGUUCAGCAGACUGGAGAAGUUUCUCAGCGCAGGUGAAGAGGAUAAAGACAGUCUUCAAGAACUGGCUGCAGAGCAGAAGUGCCUUGUGGAGCACAUUCUGUGUACUAAGCCCCUGCCCUGCAAGUUCCCGUCACCCAUUCAAGGAUUUUGGAUUAUUUCAGACUUUUCACUUGGCACAACUAUGAUAUGCCUUACUAGUGGCUAUGAAUGCAUCACAAGACCAUUACUAACGACUAUCCGACCACCGUCACCACCUCUUCUCUGCUCCCAAGUUGACAGCCGCAUCGCAGAGACUGUCCCACAUGUCUUGGAAGAUGUGAAAGUCCCAUUUGAGAAUCACAUUAGAAACCUUCUUAUUCGGACCUCUGCAAAUCCUUUACUUCUAAAUUCAUCUAGUAAAGACUCUUCUCCUCCACCAGAGGAAUGUCUUCAGCUGUUAAGUCGAGCAACCCAAGUUUUCCGUGAAGAGUAUGUCCUCAAACAGGAUAUGGCUAGAGAGGAGAUUCAAAGAAGGAUAAAAUUGCUUAUGGCUCAAAAAGAAAAGCAGCUAAAAGAUCUGCGGUACUAUAAAGAGGAAAGAAAAAGCCUCAAAGAAAUGGCUGAACGUCUUGCUGAGAAAUAUGAGGAGGCCAAGGAGAAACAAGAUGAUCUCGUGGACAGGCUAAAAUCUGUGCUGCACAGCUUCAACACUCGACACCCGGUCUUGACCAACAGUGAACGAGAUAUGAAGAAAGAGCUGCACACAACAGAUGAACAGCUACACCAUCUGGAUAAUGCUAUAAAACAGGUUAAAAUGAAAAUGGACUAUCAAGAGCGCAAGAUGAAAAAAGUAAAAAGUCCAAGGAAGUCUAAUCUAACACUCAGCGACUACCAACGCAAGAAUAUCCAGACUGUGUUAAAAGAACAACAUGAACAUAUUCAACAAAUGGUGAAACAAAUAAAUGAUAUCCGAAGCCAUGUGAACUUUUAACAACAAGGAUUUCCACCCAUGAUCUUUAAACCUGAGGCUUUCCUAUAUUAAGAAAGUGGCAGUAGGAAAAUAUAUGGACUGCAAUUUGUGAAUUCCUGGAUUCCAUUAGUGUACAUACCAUGCUUAAAUUUAUUGAAGUAUCAUUUUAACACAACUGUCUCUGACAGAUAUUGUACAAAAAAACAACUUGGGAUGUAUUUUUCUUUUUUUUUCUUUUUUUUCAAGCUUUUCUAAUACAGAACUUUAAAAUAUUAUUGGAUAAACUGAACUUUUUUUUUUUUGUCUACUUCAUAUGUGAUUAGUGUUAUUAAAUGUGCAGACAUUUUCUCAUUCUCCCCUCUCAUGCCAGUUUUCUAGCAUAAAAAGUUCUCAAACACUGUUUCUCCCGAAAAAUGGUCAGGGCCAGCGACCCCGGCAUAAUUCUCUUAGUUUACACCAGUUUUCUGAACUGUACACCAGUUAGAGGUUUGUGUAGAUGACCGUUUAGGGACAUAAAUUAGGCACAGCCUCCAGCAUAGACCGGCGUAAAACGCUGAUCUAUGAUAAAUUCCCUCCCAUAGUCUUGU